GUUCCAGUUGUUGAUAUGUGGAUGGAGUUGAUGCGGGUUGAAGGUUCCUUCUGAGUUUGUGAAGACUUGAAGGAUCGAUCGAAGAAGAUGAAGAGGGGAUGCCGUUUUCUUUGAAGGUUUCGUUGAGUUCUUUGAUUCUGCAAUGAGUCUGAGAUUGAUCAUUUGACAGCCUUAUGCAGUCAAGGACUGUAGAUGCACCUAUUAGGGGAGAAGAGGGAGAUACUUCAAAGCACUGUUGAUCUUGUUCAAAAUAACUUGAACUUAGAGGUGAUCUAUGGGGAUACUGAUUCAAUAAUGAUUUACAGUGGGCUAGAUGAUAUUGCAAAAGCAACUUCAAUAGCUAAGAAAGUUAUUCAAGAGGCUCUGGUCAAUGUCUGUGGUGCCGUAGUCUGCAAGGAAGAAUGCGGUCCAUUUGUAUCUGUGACUCUUGUGAGGCAGGGUGCUAAACAUAAUGAAGUGAGAAAGACAAUUAGCUUGACCUCUGAGAGUAGUGAACUUCUGUUUUCUGAUGUUAUUCCUGGAAAAUACAGGCUUGAGGUGAAACAUAGUUCCCCUGAAUCAGUGGCCAAGGAAGAUAAUUGGUGCUGGGAGAAGAGCUUCAUAGAUGUAAAUAUUGGAGCUGAGGACUUGGAAGGAAUUGUUUUUGUUCAAAAAGGUUACUGGGUCAAUGUGAUCUCCACUGAUGGAUCAACUGUGAAUUUAAAGAUUCAGGGUCUUGAAGUUUUUAGGAAGAAGCAUGUAUUGGUGUUCAUUUCGAGUCUUGAUAGCAUUGAAGAUGAGAUUUCACUUUUGAAUUCAAUCUAUGAAAGAUUGCAAGAAAACUCAAAAGAAUCAAUAAAAGGUUUCAAGAAAGAAGACUUCAAGAUUUUGUGGAUCCCCAUUAAAUGUAUGUGUUAGGAGGUUCAUGAUUCUAUCCUUGCUGCAGAUCCACCCUCAUGCUUCAAAACAAGUCUUGGAUGAACUUUCUGAAAACCUUCAAAUUCCUAUUGUGGUUCAACCACCACAAA